AUGGCCCUAGUCAUGGACGAGACAGCCUACAGGCUCCUCUGGCUGGCCCAGUGGAAGCUGCAACAGGAGUCGGAGCACAUGGAGCCCAUGCUGACCAAGAUGAUUGGUCACCUCUCCGUCUAUCAAAAAGCCGCCGAGUACAUGGAGGAACAUGACGUGGCCGAGGCGAUAUUUGGCACAGAACCUCAAUCCGAAGCGGUGGACGAAUUCUCCGAGUUGUUGGCGCACGAAUCAAGUAAAUCGCCAUAUCAGACAGAACAAACGGCAUCAACAUCGUCAUCAACACCACCACCCAACUCAUCAGUGGUCGUCAGCGCGGUGGAAGUCGACGCCGACGCUGCCGAGGGUGACCGAAACCCCUUCUCUGACGACGAAGAGGUCUCCAGUGUCGGCGAUGACGACAUCAACUGGAGCAGCGACGACGAGACCGAAUUUGGCAGCGUGUCGAGCUUCGAGGAGGAAGGCGAUGCCGCCGGUGACCAUGGCCAGGCCCUUUUGAAGGAGGGUGGCAAAAUGGGCGAUAUCGACAUGGACCCCAUCUGGCGGCGGCCCAAGACAAUGCGCGAUGCAGAUCUGCUGCCUCCUGACGUCGACGGGUGGGCGCGAUCUUUCCCUCCCCUGGUGCGGCCAGCAACUCCUUUGCGCGCAAGCAUGGAUCGUGUGGCAUUCGUCGCCGGUGCUGUAUGA